AUGGUGAAGAAAAGAGGAGCUGCUAUUUUGCCAACCAAUAUCAUUUUACUUCAAAAUUUGGUUCGUCGUGAUCCAGAAUCAUACCGUGAAGAAUUUUUGCAACAAUAUGCACACUAUGAAUCCUUGAGAGAUAUCUUUAUUGCUAGUCAAGCCUCGCAUGAUGCUACUGAAUUUGCAGAACUAAUAGGUUUCGUUUCAGCUGUCUGCAGUUGUUUCCCAAGGGAAACUGCAAAUUUCCCAGAUGAGUUGAAAUCUUUGAUAACGAAUAACCAUAGAGAUUUAACUCCAGAUUUAAGAGAAAAAAUUAUUCAAUGUCUAACCAUGUUGAGAAACAAAGAUAUAAUAACUGCAGAAUCAUUGAUACAAACCAUCUUCCCAUUAUUAACUGCUUAUAGCAGUGGUACAAACGUUGCUGGUACAAAUGUCAAAGCUUUGCGUCAUCAAGUCUAUAGUACUUUAAUCACUCUAUUGAAAUCUGUCAAUACAGGUGCCAAAAACCAAAAAUUAAAUCGUUCAACACAAGCAUUAUUAUUUAACUUAUUAGAACAAAAAGAUUCACAAGGUAUUUGGGCUACUAGAUUAACAAGAGAACUUUGGAGAAGAGGUAUUUGGGAUGAUUCACGUACCGUUGAAAUUAUGACACAAGCUACUUUACAUCCAGAUUCAAAAGUCGCGUAUUCUGGUGUCAAGUUCUUUUUAGGUGCCGACAAGGAAAGAGAUGAAGCUAUGGAGGAUGAAUCUGAUGACGAAGGUUUUGAUAUGACUGCUUUAAGACAUAAAAUGCAAAUCAACAAGAAAACCAGUAAGCGUGGUAAGAAAUUGGAAACUGCUGUCAAAACAAUGAAGAAGAAAAACAAUUCCAAACACUCUGCUACAUAUUUGAAUUUCUCAGCUAUUCAUUUAUUACGUGAUCCUCAAGGUUUUGCUGAUUCGUUAUUCAGUACACAUCUACAGGGUAAAAGUUCAAAUAAAUUUGAUCUUGAACAAAAAAUUGCUUUGAUGAAUUUGCUUUCAAGAUUAAUUGGUACACAUAAAUUGACUGUUUUAGGUAUCUAUUCAUUCUUCUUGAAGUAUUUAACUCCAAAGCAAAGAGAUGUCACCCAAAUUAUGGCCGCUGCUGCUCAAGCUUCCCAUGAUUUAGUUCCUCCAGAAUCCAUCUCAGUUGUUGUUAGAAAAAUUGCUGAUGAGUUCGUUUCUGAUGGUGUUGCCCCAGAAGUUGCCGCUGCUGGUAUUAAUACUAUUAGAGAAAUUUUAUCAAGAGCUCCUUUAGCUAUCGAUGUUACCUUGUUACAAGAUUUAACUGAAUAUAAAGGCUCAAAAUCAAAGCCUGUCAACAUUGCUGCCAAAUCUUUGAUCUCAUUAUACAGAGAGGUUGCACCAGAAAUGUUGAAACGUAAGGAUCGUGGUAAAACUGCAUCAAUGGAAGUUCAAGCUGGUGAAAAGACUGGAUUACCACAAUUCGGUGCUGAUACUGGUGUUCAAGGUAUCCCAGGUCUUGAAUUAUUGGCACAAUGGAGACAAGAACAAGGUCUUGCUGCUAAUGAUGGUGAAGAUGAUGAAGCUAAUUGGGAAGUUGAUGACGAAGAAAUUGAUGAUGAAGAUAUUGAAGGUGAAUGGGUUACUAUUGAAUCUGAUAAAGAAUACGAUGUCAAUUCCGAUUUAGACUUAUCAGAUGACGAAGGCGAAUCCAAAGAACAAUCAGUUGAACCAGCAACUGAAGAAGCUAAAGAGGAAGCUAUUAGCAAGAUUGUCAAACUUGAUCCAGAAGCUGCCUUCCAAGAAUUGGCUUCAACUCGUAUUUUAACUCCAGCUGAUUUCGCUAAAAUUGAAGAAUUAAGAGUCCAAGCUGGUGUUGAAAAGAUUAUGGGUUCCAAGAUGAGAAAUGAAGAACAUGUUGAUUCUUCAUCUUUGGUUGGUCCAGUGAAGUAUAAACAAUUACGUGAAGAAAGAAUCGCACAAGCUAGAGAAGGUCGUGAUGAAAGGGAAAAAUUCGGUUCACGUAGAGGUCAACGUGAUGCUCCACAUUCAACAACUAAUCGUGAAAAGGCACGUAAGAAGAAUUUCGUCAUGAUGAUUCAUAAAAGAGAUGUUCAAGGUAAAGCUAAGAGAUCAUUACGUGAUAAACAAAAGGUUCUACAGGCUCAUAUCACCAAACAAAAGAAAGGUCGUCAUGGUUGA